GUCGCAAACUCAGCAGCACACCGACGGGACGACAUUUACAUCUCCAGGACAUGCGCUGAUUGCGCGAAUACAUCUCCGGUCACUAUGGCACGAGUGCGCGCUGCGCCAGGCUCUCAAGCUCCCACGAAGGCGACCGCGACUCGUCAAGCGCUGAAGGAGAAGACAAACACAGCACGCACGAACGGACCAGUCUACGAGGACGAUGGAAACACCGAUGGUCUCAUCAAAGACUCGCAGCCGAAGCGCGGACGGCCGAAGAGAGUGGCAAGGCAAGACUCUGAUGAAUUAGUCAUGGCGGGAGGGUUAGGACUGGCGAGUGGGGAGAGUGCGAAGAAGAGCGACGCGCCAACAACGACUGAUGAGCUUGCGAAGAGCGAUGCUGCUCCAAUGACCACGGCAAAACCCAAUCGAAGGCCAGCAAGGACAAUACGCAAGGUCGCGACGAGCCAGACGCAGAAUGAAGUCUUGAAUGGAUUAAAGCAACGAAUGAACGCCGCAGCCAAAUCGCAGCGCACGAAACAGCGACCAGAGGCGCAAGUUGUUCGAGACACAUUCAGUGACCCAAAACCGUCUGAUGCGCUUCCGACAAACCCUGCGAUUGCGAGUGAGUCUCAGGAUGCUAUUGUGGAUCGCUCUGAGUUGAGCUUGUCAUCUUCGCCCCCAGCGCGCGCGAACCCCGGCACUGCGCAAAAGCACCGGUCCUCGAUAAUGCAGCCUGGCUCGGUGCUGCGAGCGCAGAACACACCGGCUGUGGAGAGCAGUAUGUUGGCAUUGAAGAACUUCAAACGCAGGCCGCGCCAGCCAAGCAUGCUGCAGAUGGUUAGGCAGAAAGUGGGAAGUGCGCGGCCCUCUUUAGCAAACGAUACCGCUGUCACUGUUGAUGACAAUGCUGUGGAAGACACAAGCGUGUUUGACCUGGACAUCAGCGAUGACAACGAGGAUUUUGCACCCGAGGCAGAAGGCACGCCUCUUCACCUCAAUCAAAACCGAUUGUCGAACCUGGGCAGUGUGAGGCAACGCAGCACGAUGCAGCUCAGCCUUGUCGACAACUCCGCGGUCCAGCCACAGAAGAAACGAAAGUCUGACACGCUCGAUGUGUCAUCUGGGUCAUUAUCCGGUUCACGAAGCAAGAAGCCGAGGCAAGAUCAAGAUGUGUCCUCCGGCUCACUUUCUGCCCUCCAUGCUCGGCGGCAGCAGCCAGUCGUCGAAGUUGCACAGGCGCCGGAGGCGGAUGACGACGAUUGCAUUGUUGUACGUUCAUCUACGGACCGGGAUGAAACGCCUCAACCUGCUACCACCUCAGAUGUCCAAGUCAUCAACUCACCGUCCUCUUCGACACCGCCUACAGAGCCCUCGUCAUCACACCAUCGACGCUCUCUGUCUGGCAAAGACGACGAUUAUGCUGUACCGUCAACGGCACCCGACGCCGAACUUGAGCUUGCUACACGACACGUCGACCCGCAGGAGGAACAGGAUGACAUCGUCAAUGGAACCAUGGCGGACCCUGUGAGCAGCCCUGGCGCCCCGUCUGAGGAUGUCAUGGCAGACCCUGCAACGCAGCGAGCUUCCCCGUCACCGGUCAAGAAGAAGCCGAGAGGCAAGCCGAAGCCGAUCAACACUGCCGCAUUGCAGUCGUUGUUGCCGAAACGGCGACAACCAUUGAGACCGCGCAAACGGAAAUCAGAGUAUGAUAUCGAAUCAUCUGAAGCUGAAGACGAUGCCGUAGUAGACACUAGCCACCUCGAUGAAGAUGAGGACGAGCUAGGCGUCCAAGGCAAACGGCGAGCAAAACCCGCUCCGACGAAGACGAAGCGAGGCACGACCGCAAAGCGAGGGAAAUCAGGCAAAGCAGCGCCAACAGCAUCGAAAAAGACUGCAGCCAAGAAGAGUACGAAAACGUACGGUCGAGCCACAGUAUCUGACAAGGAGAACGACGGCCACGAAUCCUUCGAGGAAGCAGAAGAGUCGACCCUGCCGGAGAUCCCUCACAGCAUGCAAGACGUUGCCAAGAGCAAGGAGCUUGAGGCGGCAAAGGCUAAGUUCGCGGACAUCGACCAGUGGGAUAUGGAGUUCGAGACGAUGAGCGCUGAUGAUCAUCGAAGUUCGAGCUUGAAUUGGAGAUGAGGUGCUCGUUUCUUCAGACUUUGCUUCGCUGGCAUCAAUGGGAACCUGUGAGACUGAUGCAUGCAUGACUGAACGACAGUGUGUUCAUUUCUAGUGCCUUUGCAAAUACCCGAAA